AAGGCUCUGACCUUCUUUCUCUGUCCACCUUCCUUCUUCCAGCGGAUGAAGCAAACACCUCCUCCUGCUGCAAGAACCAACAGAGCAAUGGCCUUGUUCCCAGUGCCCCCGUUCCUGGUUGCUGUGCUGCUUCUGUCUUUGCCUGCAAAUGGAAAUGUGGAUCCAUCAUUUAAGGAUCUUUCCACUGCCCUACCACAAGUCCAAGAGGAGAUUGUAAAUAAGCACAACGAACUGAGGAGAGCAGUCUCCCCGAGCGCCAGCGACAUGGUCAAGAUGGAGUGGAACAGCGCAGCAGCGGACAAUGCCCGGACCUGGGCGGACCAGUGCCAGUACAAGCACAGCCUUAAAGAGGAACGACAGACCACUGUAAACUGUGGCGAGAAUCUGUACAUGUCCAGCGCUCCCUCUUCAUGGUCAGCAGCGAUCCAACACUGGUACGACGAGAGCAAGAACUUUCAGUUUGGUAAAGGUCCGCUGUCACCCACUGACGUAGUUGGACACUAUACACAGGUUGUCUGGCACACCUCCUUCCAGGUGGGCUGCGCAGCUGCCUAUUGUCCCAACCAACCAGGCUUAAAGUACUUCAUGGUUUGCCAGUACUGUCCCGCUGGUAACAAUCUGGCAAGAAUCUACAGCCCUUACAAGAACGGGGACCCCUGUGCCAGCUGCCCGGACCACUGCGAGGACGGGCUGUGCACCAAUGGGUGCAAGUAUGAAGACAGAUACUCCAACUGUGAAAGUUUGAAAAGCUCCUUAAGCUGUGAUCAUUACAUGGUCAAAGAAAAUUGCUUGGCCUCCUGCAACUGUGAGGACAAAAUCCACUAAGUGCCAGGGCCGAAGCAGAGCCACAUGAGACGGAGCCGCGCCGUCUGCUUAGAGGCGACUUAGGCUGCUAGGAGAGCUGCACACAUAAAAUCUCUAUAAAUGAUUCCAAACAGUAAAGAAUCUUCUAGGUCUGCUUCUUAUUUUGCAGAAUUCUGUUUCAUAAAAAGGAAAAAUUUUUUUUAAAAAAUCUGUAAUAACUUUCAAUUUUGAUGUGUGAUUUUCAUGAUUUAACUUCAAUGAAUUUAAUCAAAUUGAGGAUUUUAAGAGUUGUAUAUUCCUGUGACUUAAGAUCACAGGGACUCAGGACUGGAAUUGAGAAUCACUUGCCAGAACGGUGGUUACUAAAAUACAAACAGCUAAUAAUGUCCUCUUCACAAGAAUCUUGGGCUGUAGCAUUUUUGCUGUAACUCCACCUAAGCAAGCACCUGCAGAAGCAUUCGCAGGCGCGUUCUGUGAUUCCUGCUUGCCACACCCUUCCUUCCCAGCCCUUAGACUUCAUUCUUGCUAUUGGUUCACAACUGGAAUUCCUAAAGUAAUACUGACCUCCUUGUGUCAAAAUCAAUGAAGACUUCUGGUCAUUCGUCUGUGUAAUUUUCGCAGUAGAAUAUCAUCACAUCGUCCCUUCAAAAUCUCUCCUAACUCUUCCUUAGUAAAGAAUUGCAAAUACUGUUGUGUGUACUAUCCCUCAAGCUGCCAAAUCCCUGCUCAGCCCUCCCUUCCUAUGAGCACACUUGUGAGUCUACACUGAAUUUAGUGAUGGACUUUCAAAAGUAGACAGUGAAAAGAAAAGGAAAGAAAGGUAGUCACGUUGGGGAAACAGCAUGUACCGUCUCAGCCAAUUAACCUCAAUUCUAGUCUCUUUCUUCAAGAUUUCAGUUGUUCCCUUUGGAAAUAACCUUUUAUUUUGUUCUAAAAAUGUAACUUUUAGAACACAGUUUUCUGCUUAGGGAUACAUGAAUCUUCAAUUUGAACAUCCUCUCAGCACUAUUUUGAACUGAUGAUUUUUUAAAAAUAAUACGUUGCAAUGUUUGUCAUGUCUUAACCAUGUUGCAAUAACAUUAAAUUUCAUAGCUCUCACAUCAUGA